AUGACGAAAUCAGUCGACAUGGAUGGCGUUGUCAGAUCCGAGAGAUAUUCGGAUGACGACAUUGAGGAAGCGCCAUUAGCUGCGCCAGCCCCAGAGCAAGCUCAGGAGCAAGCCCCAGCCCGCGUCCGAAGCACAGUACGCAUCCGUACCGAAAAACCCAAGCGCACCUACUCGGAUGACAUUAUUUCGCAAGAUUUCUUGGCCGUCGGAGCUGAGACUGACAUGGAAGAACGUCUUCGUCUGUUGGAGGACGCUGUCAACCACAAUGUAGACACUCUGCAAAAGAUGCGAGAUAUCAACGCAAAUCUGAAAGUAGAGAACAGGAACUUGAAGAAAAAAGUUGAAAACAGGGACGGUGACGGUGACAAGCGAACCCUGAUGCUACUUCAGCAGUUAUCCACUAAGGUUGUCAACAAAGAGUUGCGUACCUUAUCUGAUGACGUGUACUCCUUCUUGUUUUGUUCCAAGGUCCUCAGUGUGCCUUCAUUCAUUGGACUUGGAACUGUGUUUAUUCAAUUUUCUGUCUUUGCCCUCUUUCUUGGCGAUCUCUUGAACACCCAAGAGAUCCCAGCCAACGUGGAGACUCUGGUAAGAGUUGGGCAAGCUGGUGCCAUUCUGAUUAAUUUCAUGGCACAAACGGAUGUUCGUACCGGUAUGCGCGCUCUCAUCUACCAAGAAGGUGUCGAGGCGCUGGAAAACGAGUUUGCUGGGUUCACGCGCAGAAGAUUCAUUAUUGCCAACAUUUUUAUGCUCUCUCAAGGCCUCUUGGGUACUGUGGUUUCGAUUCAAUUGAUUGUCUACAGCGACAACAUCUUUGAUCUCUUGCUCAACUUUACGGCUGUCAUGUUUGUCUCUGAGCUAGACGAACUGGUCUUUUACAUGGCGAGAAACGGUUACCUUGGAAUCAAGUCCGAAAAGCUUGCUGAGAAAAUUCAGGAACUGGAAUUCGGCACUCAGAACCGCGCUGGUGUGUCUGGGUACAUGCAUGUGAUUCUCUUUGGUCUCUUGGUUAUUGCUGGAUACAUUUACUUCGCCGUUAUUAUUGGACUUCAAGCUGGAAACACUUCCUUGCCAGUAUACGUCAAGGCGGAGUUUGGUGACUCGGUGGAUCCCACCUUGGGAUUGUAUUCUGGUUGUUACAAGAUGAUUCCUGGUCCCACCUGGUCCUCCCGUGUCACUUACAAACAAGUUCAAACCGAGCGAGGACAAGGACGUUUCACUUAUUGCUAUGACGACAUUCGUUCCUGGUCUUUCUCUCCACUCUCUGUUGCUGAAGAGGACGCUUGCGAAUACCCUGCUCUACAAAGUGCGGAAGAACGCCCAACAUCGUUCGACUUGUUGGACGCUAAGGGUGACCAAUGGAAACUACCCUCUGGAAAUCCAAUCCAGACUUUCCAAUUGGUUGAAGUAGAUGAAAAUCGUGUCGAUGCUGAGUGUGGAGAAAUCUUUGGAGGUGGUGACAGCGAAGAAGAAUUGUGCCCUAUUAUCACCAUGGAACAAUCUUUCACCGGAUUUUCGGAUGAUCGUGAUUGGUCCAGGAGUUACAAUCAAAUGCUGGCGGAGGACGGGAAGCCAGUCUAUUUCUACCAGCAUCCUAUCUACGUUGGAGAAUUCGUUGACCCCAAGGAAGGAUUGGAACUGAUCUUUUUCACUGGUCGUCGUUGGUUGUCCACAACUGCCCAGGGACUCACAACUGAAGCUGAUGAGGGAGUUGAUUUGUCCAGCGAAGCUGCCAUGCUCUCUUUGCUGCGCGACAAGACCGAUGUGACUGACUUCCGUUUGCUUUCCCUUGAAAGAGGUGCUUAUGCCUUUAUCAGUCAAUCCGUGGACCAAGCCAAUGAUCGCGGGACUCCCUUGGGAUUGCGUUGGUACCACAGUCGUUACGGUGAUAACGGGUUCGACAGUUUCCCAUUUGCCGAUAUCUCUCGUCCUGCCGACGCCCUCUUUUCCUGUGGUAAAUGCGACAGUGAGCGCAACCCCUGCCGAUUCGAAGGUGUGUGUCUUGCCGAUGGAACCUGUGACUGCAAGCAUGGUGCCACUGGAAAACUUUGUGAAAUUAAGCCACUUGCGAAUGGUAUUUGCAAUCCUUACUUCAACAAGGGACCAGAUCGCUUCGAUGGUGGCGACUGCUGUGUAUCUACAUGCGAAGGCGUUUCGUGUGGUGUUGGAGAUAUGACAGAAGCGUUUGGGCAAGAACUAAGGAGAUCUGGAAAUGGAUAUCCUUACUGCAUUGAUCCCAAUAUGGUUCCUUUGACCAUUACCAUGAACCACACCAUUGAUCCAACUUUCUUCAGUGGUGUUGAGGACACUGCUGGUGGUACUUUCGAAUCUUACUUCCUCGAAGUCAACUGCAAUGAUGGAGAAGAAAUUCCUAUUCGAGUUGCCCUAGAUCCAGAAAUUGUCCGAGAAUCAUCUCAAACUCUUUAUGUUGCUGAUCAAAUGGGUGGUUGCGCGAUUUCAUUCCUAGGAAUCCAAUCCACCAGUCUUUUCAAUGCAACCUUCCAGCUGAUUGACGGACUUCCAGAAGAUGCCGCAAAUGUCGCCGUUGCAUCUUCUGAAAUGCGCGAUAUUUCCGACGUGACCAAGGAUGCGACCUUUAUGAUUCCUACAUUGUAUGCCAAGUGUUUGAAGGAGACUCUCAAGGACGUGGUGGAUACGUCAGCAUACUAUUCGGGAACCUAUCAGGAUGAAGCCAUGUCUUGGAUGAACGCAGAAAUCAAGAACGCCAGAUGUUCUAACGAUGAGGAGUGGCGAAUUCAGCGUUAUGCUUUGGUAGCUUUGUGGAGAGCAGAAGGUUCUCCAGUUGAGUGGGUGAACAAAAACGAUCAUUGCUUGUGGAGCCGUAUCAACUGUAAAGACAACCAUCCUGUAGUGAUCACCCACGACGGUGACACCACUGGUAGACUAAAUGGAACCCUGGCAACUGAAAUUGGACUGUUGACCCAUCUUGAACGUCUCGAUGUUUUCACCAAUGACCUCACAGGCACGCUUCCAUCCGAGCUAGGAUUGUUGACCAAGUUGACCUUCCUAGGUUACGCUCAAAACGCUCACACCGGCACAAUUCCCACCGAGGUCGGUCAACUUACUGCCUUGGAAAAACUGUUGCUCUGGCAAAACCAGUUGACUGGAAGCAUCCCAAGCGAAAUCGGUUUGCUUUCGGAUUUGGGAGAGAUCAAUCUGCAAGAAAAUAACCUGUUUGGCAGCCUACCAUCUGAACUUGGCGCGUUGACCAAGUUGACGCGUUUGACCCUCUUCACGAACUAUUUCUCUGGUUCGUUGCCAGCUGAAAUAAGUCUAAUGACCUCGUUGACAAACAUUGUGAUGACACAAAACUCACUGACUGGUGCAAUCCCAGAUUUGAGCAAGCUGUCGAACCUUGAUACUCUCAUUUUGUUUGCAAACCUGUUGUCGGGACCACUCCCAACAACCGAGCUCAGCAAGUUGCCUACUCUGUUCACUUUGAACCUUUCCACCAACGAGUUUUCGGGAACCAUUCCUCAGGAAUGGGCAGAACUAACUUCGUUGUACUGGAUGAUUGUCAACAAGAACCAAUUGACAGGAACCAUUCCGGAGUUCUUGGGAACAUCUUACCCUGACUUGAAUCGUCUUGUCUUGGAUGAAAACCAAUUGGUUGGAAGUAUUCCAGACUCAUUCGCGAAUCUUUCGAACAUGGCGCGACUUCGACUCCAAAGCAACCAGUUGACUGGCGAAUUGAAGCCAGAAGUUUUUGGAGGAUGGACAAGCAUGGGACAAUUGUACUUGUCCUACAAUCAAUUCAAUGGCACUUUGCCAUCCGAAAUCGGCAUGUUGUCCGAUAUGGAUUACUUCGAGGCGAGUGGAAACCAGUUCAGUGGUCAACUUCCUGAUGAGCUUUGGACCAAUACAAACAUGAACACAUUGUACUUGGAUAACAAUCAAUUCACCGGAAGUGUUCCAACGGAAAUUGGAUUGUUGUCGAACAUGUUGUACAUGGACCUUACUGGCAACAACUUGACUGGAACGAUCCCAAGUGAAAUCGCAAUGAUACCGAACUUGAGCUGGUUCCAGAUUCUGGCAGGCAACAGUUUUACAGGCACUGUUCCAUCAGAGGUCUGUGAUGUCUUGAUUGCAAAUGGAGCAACGUCCGACGUAAUGGAUUCGUGUCUUAGCGGAACGAGUGUCGGGGCAGAACCAGAACCAAUCAAUGAAACGACGCCACCAACCGAUGCAACCCCAACCCCAACCGAUGCAACAACACCAUAA